AUGCCAUCUCAAGAAGAGUACGAGGCAACACUAGCGGAAGAGCUCGAAGUGCUCGAAAGCAUCUACAUCGACGAACUCGAAAAGGUCUCAUCGGAAGAACUUCGCAUUCGCAUCGAACCAGAGGAAGAUGUGCUACCACUCCUCUUCUCAAUAGGUCUCGAACCUGGUCAAGCGCCAACUGAGAGCGUAGAGCAGAGCUCGCCAUCUCCCAUCGUCCUCUCUCUCCACAUCCAGUACACAUCAGAAUACCCGGAUGCACCACCAAACAUGUCGAUCCACGUCGUUCGCGACACAAAAGGCGUGCUCGGGCCCAAGACGGACGACAGCGACGAAGCUGACGCCGAUUCCGACGCGAUCGACCGUCCUGCCGUAACAGAAUUGCAAGCGGGGCUGGACGAAGUCGCACAGGAAUCGCUCGGCAUGGCCAUGGUCUUCACCCUAGCAUCUCACCUGCGCGAGAGCGUGACAACGCUCAUCCAGCGUCGUGUACAAGAGAUUGAAGCACAGGCCAGCGCCAAGCGCGAGGCAGAGAUCGAAGCCGAAGCAGAAAAGUUCCGUGGUACAGCAGUGACACCAGAACGGUUCGCAGAAUGGCGCGUACGGUUCUUGCAGGAGAUGGCGGAGAGGGAAAAGAAGGAAGAGGAUGCCAAGCUGUCCAAGCUGUCAGCGAAGGAGAGAGAGGACUACAAGAAGAGCAAGGUCAAGCCAAGCGGUAGGCAGUUGUUCGAGAAGGGCGGAACGUUGGAAGACGACGAUGCAGAGGAGGAUGGUGCACAGGAGGUGGAUUGGAGCUUGUAUACGCGAGAGCAGAGGGAAAGAGAGAGGAGAGAGCAGGAGGAGCAGGACGAGCUGCAGAGUCGUACGGAUGGUCUGGCUUUUGAUGACGAAGACGACGACUGA